AUUUUGGCACAGGUACACUCGCGUAGUUUGAAUGUGGUCAGAUGGUCAAUAUGCUGAAUGGACAGACUCCGUUUCAUGCCUUAACCUACCAUAUAUGCAUCUUUUUUGCAGUAGCAAAUAUGUCUAGAUCUCGGGAAGGUGGCAAUGGCCUAGCAAUUCUUUGUCUUUGUACAUACGACAUCGAGUUCCCAACUGACUGGCAUACUUCGAUUCCAGAAUUUGGCAGGACGUUCGACCUUGGCAGCGAGAUUGUUCAAACACUCGGUGAUACCGCAAGAGUACAAUGUCUAAAGCAUCCAGCAAAAUGCCCGCCUACGAUUUCGGCACGUUUCCUGGAGCUCUUCACGGUCGUCGCAUUCUAUUCUGUGUCGAAUCUUUCGGCCCUAUCAACGGAGUAAGCAGAACAAAUUUGAAUGUGGUGAACCACCUCCGGACUCAUGGCGCACUGGUAGCCGUCGUGGCUCCAUACAAUCACACCAAAGUGAACACAUUCCAGGCCGUUGACAAUAUUGACCCAAGUUCGAUGCGCAAUCAGGAGGUACGGCUGACCGGCUACCCUGUGCCUUUCAACCCGGAACUAUCUAUUGUGUACCCGAUCCGCCUUUCACAACUGUACGAACGUACUUUCGGCGAGCCACCAGAUCUCAUAUAUUUGGGAAGCCCUGCGUCAUUAGGUUUCCAGGUUAUGCUGCAGCUGCAGCAGGAGCCAGAAAAGGCCCAGGUGCCAGUGAUUUGCAAUUUUCAGACCGACCUUGCUGGGUACUGCGAAAUAUUAUUCCCGCGGCCACUGGGAUCAAUCGCAAGCUGGACUUUUGCAAAAGUGGAAGGGUAUCUAUUCCGCCAUCCAUCAGUCAAGACCGUAUUUUAUCCAAGCACAUUUGUGCGAAAGUACUUGGAGCAGAAAGCAGGGGUCCAAGAGCAUAAAUUUGAUGUUUUGAGGCGAGGCGUGAACACGGAGGGCUUCAACCCAUCAAAGCGUAGUGACGCAUUGAGACGUCACUGGGCGCCUAAUGGAGAGGUUAUCUUAUUCACAUGCUCACGCCUUGCUGGUGAAAAGGGCUUUGGCUUUCUUGCGAAUGUAGUACUGAAGCUGGAUCAGCGAGGACUGGACUUCAAACUAGUUGUCGUAGGGGGAAAUCGUAACGCAGUGGUUGAGCAGGAGACUAAAGACCUAUUCAAACCUCUAUUUGGCAAGGGAAAGAUCAUAUUCACCGGAUUCAAGGUUGGCGAGGAGUUGAUGACAUAUUACGCCUCUGCAGACAUAUUCCUUCACUGUUCCAUUACAGAGACUUUUGGCUUGGUGGUGUUGGAGUCAAUGGCAAGUGGGGUACCAGUCAUAGCGAGAGAUGAGGGCGGCCCAAGCGACAUUAUUGACCAUGGUAGCACUGGGUAUCUUGUGCCGCCAACUGACCUGGAAGGUUUCGUCGACCAGAUAUUGAUACUUUCUAAUGAUAACCACCUACGGAAACGUCUCGGCAGUUCUUGCCGUGCUCAAGCGACUGAGGCCACAUGGGAACAUAUUAGCAAUAAAGUUGCCUGGAAGAUGGCCGAUGUCAUUGAGCAGCGCGAAAGCGAGCAAGCAAACCACCAGCUCACGGCAGCGCAGGCCACAAAGGCCGGAACGUCACUUUGGGCUUGGUUAUUUCUGAGCACCGCGCUUAAAAAAGCUAUUGCAUCCCGCAUUGUUGACGCAAAGCUCGUCUGGGGCUUGUUCGUUAUCCUUGGGUUCUGGGCCGGGGUUAGCGUUUAUCUUCUGUUCACCAAGAUGACCCAUUUCAUCAAGUAUCGAAAUCCGAAAGAGUCAAGCUAGAUGGUGGACACGGGUUGCAUAGCGUUGCUUUACUAAGUAGCAUGUUGUAUGGAAGGCCUUUUCGAACUAGAUACGACGAAGGCUGCAGUCGAUGAAACCAACACCGAAAAGAUGGUAAGGUUGUAUGUUGCAUACUGGAAUAAUUCUUCGUUAUUACUGGUGUACCCAAAUAGGCCAUAUCAUUCCAUAUUACGCCAACUCUCCACCUUGCUAAGGGAUCUACAUAUGUGAUACUGGAUUCCCACUGGGGGGGCGGGUUGAAAGCAAUGAUAGGCAACACGGACGGUGAACAUGAAGAUGACGACAAUAUCGUAGUACCCUCCUUUUUAUUGUGCAUCACGUCUAAGUCUAAACAUUGCAGAUGACAGUAUAAGAGUCACUAGUAUCUAAG